AGAACAUCUUCCGAUCAAUCAACAGCUCAGCAAAGAUAGCAAAAGAUAAACACUUACAUCGGGGCUACAACUUAUUAUAAGUAUAGAUACCCAAAAAUACAGCUUGGCUGUACGGCUUGUGUAUAGAAGAAAAGUCAUGGCUUGUUGCGCAGGCGCUCCGAAGCGGGGGAAGGCCUCCGACGAGAACUGCGGAGACGCGCCGACCGCUGCACCUGCCGCCGCUGCGUCCGCGGUGGAGAGUGGAUCCGCCAAAACGUAUGUCAUUUUUUUAAGGCUCAAGAUACAGCAAAGUAGAAGCGUCCUAUCUUGGCAUCUUUUUCAGGCUCAAGAUACAGCGAAGUAGAAGCAUCCUUUCGUAUCCUAUCCUAUCAAGAUUGUAGUAAAUCUCCACGUCAGGGUAUUCAUGAUCUCUCUAGGAUUUCUUCUGGGAUUAUCCUGAGACCAAUCCUGACCGAUGCUACAGAAGUGACAAAAUCCCAUCUGUUGUUCUCGAGACGUCCACUCUUUUUUGUCUAGUAAGGUCUACGUGAGUAUCGUGACCACAUCUAAUCUUUGGUGGCCUAGGCCGCCAGGGCGAGAGCGUUGCGACGCAAUUGCUCAAGGCGAUGCCGGACGUGACUCUCCGUCUAGUAACGCGUGGGGAUGUGGACACGGACAAGGCCAAGAAGGCCUGUGAAGGCAAGCCCAAUGUUAUGUUCACUCCAAUCCUUUUCUCGACGAAAGAAGGGGAAUAACUCCUAAUUAAUUUCUUCUAUACCCUAUGACUGGGUGAGUACACUACUACUACUGCCAGCAUUAGUUUUUCCCUCAUGUCCCACAUCUCUCGCUCCAAACAAUAUUUAGCAGGGAUGUAAGCGGUGAUAAGAAUUCACAAGAAGACUUCAUCUUCUAGUGCAGCUAAUUUUCUCUCUAGUCAUGAGAAUAGAGGAGAGCUUCGUAUAUGUCUGUUGCUGAUUCGCCUCCAUUCAAAACAUGCGUUGCUCUUGAUUAUUUAGCGUGAUGUAAACUGGUGUCCAAUCAGUGUAAUCAGUUCCGUUUGAUAGACAUUCUUUUUCUUUCAUAGAUAGGCCGCGCUGAGUCAUACAUGACAUUGUAUGUGCUCAGUGUCUCUAUCAUAACUAACUAACUAACUGUACUCAGUCAGUGUUUGAUGAUCAACACUUUCGAUAUCGAUGUUGUCAUAUGAAGUAAUUAGUUUGCUUGACAAACAGAUUGCAAAGAAAGCGCUAAAAUUCUCUCGGUCGUACAGGCGCAAUUGGAAAAUCCGGAAACGCUCGAAAAAGCCCUGGAAGGUAUAACUCUCUUAAGUCUUACAAUUAGGCAAGAUACCACUGAUAUCUACUUAACUGAUAGCCUCUAGUAGUGAUUUAUUUCUCGCUGGAGCUCACGAUUAGGAAACAUCAACGAACUACACUCAUUGUAGCUCACGAUUAGCUACUUGAGUACCAACUUCCUCCUAUCACAACUACCACUAGAUGCGUAUGGCUGCUUUUUGGUAACCGCUUUUUGGCCGGCCGAGGUGGAUGGCGGGAGCGGCGCUACCAGUGCUCUGGAUCCCGCGUUUUUAUGAGUUUAUCCAAGAACUCCUGCUGUCUAAACCCUAAACCCUAAUCCUAACAAGAGUAGGUGGAGAUCGUCUAUAUCAUCCAACAAGAGGUGAAGACCGUUUAUUCAACUCGAGAUCGUUUAUACCAUCACAUCUUUCAUUGUCUGAGAAAAAAUGCGGACUCAACUGCCUGGAGGCGUGCAAGAAGAUGGGAGUCAAGCAUUUGGUUUUUUCGACUUUGGAAAACACAACAAAGUGCAAAAGCUUCAAUCAAGACGGUGCUCUGAAUUAUGAUUCACACGGGUUUUGCUUUGAUUUCUAGAGGAAAGAUUUCAUGACUUCACCUUGAGCUUCAACGUGAAAUUGAGCUUGAUCUUAUGACUUCACCUUGUUACUUUCCUUUUUUGAGGUAGAUCCCACGCUGACACUUCUCAUGAUUUGGUAGACUGAUGAUGACAGACGAAAGUGAGCACUGUAUUAACCUAGUACGUCUUGGUCAUUCAUUGCUGUACAAUCUGGUGCUAGAUCUAUCUCCUCUCUCGCGUAUGACCAAGUUCUUUGUAGUUGGUGCUCGACACGAAGGCAUAGGACUAGGAGUCUAACUCGCUACUCGCGUGACUAUGAUCUCUUAUAGUCUUAAAAAACAUCAUCUUAGAGUUGUGCAGCACCUAACCUGGCAGAGGGAGUUCUGAACCGAAAUCUAAAAGCUAUUCGUUUGUCUAGUUCUCAUGGUUCUGACAAAAUGUGGUAACCUAUAGAUCACUAUUUUUUCUUUCUAACAAAAGGCAGAUGCAAAUGGGUACCUGGUUCCGCAUUUUGAUGCAAAGGGAGAAGUGUCGGAACUUCUGAACCAACAACAGGAUGUUGCCGUUGACCACGUCAUGGUCGGAUUCUACUACGGAAACUGGUUUGGUACCUCAAUACUACGCAAACUGGUUUUUGUUGUGGUAGUGUAAUGGUAUUUUACGAUUGCUAGGUUUCAUAACCGUGCUGGGUUCCAUAACCCCGAUUAUAAGCCCAAUAACUCUUAAAGUUGUUGGCUCACUUAUAUUCAUUGGUAGAUUUUCCAGCGUUGCGCUUGUCAUCUUCUCUUCUGAGGGUGCGAAGCAUCGUAUAGUCUAGGAGCUGGCACGCUAACCAGUGGUAGACUCCAUGAUGAUGAUGCUGGGUUUUAAAAACGUGCUAGUUUAAGAGUAUUUUACGAUCGAUCAUGUCCUCGCAUUAGAAGUUGACGAUUUUUUACUCCUGAUACUGAUUUCUAUUUCCUUGUCUCUAAUGAAAAUGGAUGGUCUACUUUACAGUUCCUCCUCUCUUAAUAGAUCGUCUUUACCUCAGUUCUCCGUUUCUGAAAUCUGAAAAUUCGCUUCCCUCCUCGGAGGCUAGUCCCUUCAUCCAAUGUAUAUGCGGUUCCUUUUCCUCCCUUGCGUGAGAACGCAGCAUUUUGACGAUCUGCUAUGCUGUCCUACAUGAUCUCUAGGUAUGAAGCCGACGAAAGGUGAAGACGGCAAAUAUGCCUUGUACUUUCCUCUGGGUGGAAAACCCCAUUUCCAAGUCCACCAUGAGGACGUCGGAAAAGUUGUUGCUCCUUUGUUCAAGCGCGGUUUGUUAUGGCACGACUGCAAUUUCGUUAUCGUCUGUAGAACUUCUAUUUAAGCAUGGAACACGUCGUCAGGGUUUUCUAGUAACACUGCAGGUAGAAGCAGUUCUUUUAAGUAACGACCUAUAAAUAAUAAGUAACUACACUAUCCAACGAUGACAGUAGACACUAGGUGGUAGUCGGUGCAGGUAAGUUUUUCCAAAUUAGGGUAUACUUUUCUGACUGACCCUUCUCAACAAAGAGACCUAAGAGUCUAAGUAGGUGCGCCUCAUUUGAAGAACCAGAUGAACUCUCUGAAACUCUCAUUCUACUCUAGAACUUCAACUAAAACUCUCUCUCAUGAUCACUUCUGUGAUAUUGGAAUCACUUCUUGGGCAUUAGCGCGUAAUGUGUAACUAUUCCUUGUUAAUAUGGAGUAUUAGCGUGUACUCGAAAACUGAAAAUAACCGAGUUACUGACUGAAGUAAGGGAGGCAGCGUUGACAGGGCUACUCGUCCUUCGCGUCAGUAUCUCGUCAGUUCUUUUCAGUCGUUACUCGCUUAUUUCAGUUUUUCGAGUAAUUUGUCAUGGUUUCUGGUGUUUUUGUAAUCCACUUCUACUAAGCCAACUGCGCAGUUUCCUUAGUGGUUUAGGCGUUGGCCUGUUCUCUUAUCCUGUUCGACUAAUAUGCUGUUCUUCUGUAUUCCCUAAUGUAACCCAAAUUUGGUGAAGCUACGUGGUCCGGCGAGCCUUCCUGGCCCGUCACUGGGUGCAUUGGGAACAAGUGCAGUGGCGAAGAAUUGGCCGCAGCCUUUACCAAGAUCAUUGGAGAAGAGGUGAGAGGGUUUUUUUUGGUGCGACAUCGGUCUUGAUGUUUUACAGAAAAGUAGUCCUUUCGUUUUUUAUCGAAGAAUAGUUUCUUGAAUUCUACGGCCUACGAGAUUGGCUUGAGUCCCAUUAUGUACUAAAAAAUUAGUGUUGACACGUACUAGUAGUGUUUGAUGAUGCUCUACAACCUCCUGUCUACAACCUCCUUUUGAUGAUGCCCUACACAGACGCGCAGAGUCUUCCCUGUGACCCUUCAUCCUGUCACCCUCCUGUUCUUAAUCCUCCAUGUCACUCUCCUGUUCUUAAUCCUCCCUGUCACUCUUCUGUUCUUAAUCCUCCCUGUCACUCUCCUGUUGUUCUUGUUCCUAAAUGCAGAUAUCUUCACUGCCUACGACUUACUAAUCACCCAGGUGACUUUCGUGGAUGUUCCAGUGCAGGGUUGGAUCCAGACCGGGAUUUCAAUGGGCAUGCCGGAAAUCGUCUGCACGGAUUUUGGACACAUGUUCCAGUUCUACCAAACUUAUGUGGCACGUUCUAGUCAAGUUUCACUGUAAAUAAAGCAUUCUCCUCAAAAAUGGGAUUCUUCAAUAUGAAUUUUACUAGUGGUACUGAUAUCACAGGACACCGAACAAGUGACAUGUUUAUCCUGGCACUUCAAGUUUUUCGUAAAUGAUGACUUCGAUCUCCUCCUAUAGAAGUGAUCCUGUGUUCCUGUAAAAGAUCUUAAUUUCUCUACUUUUUGGACACACGUUCCAGUUCAUCUACAAAUCUUACGAAUUCAGUAGAGUAAUUUUUCAUCAGGUUUCGGAGUAGCACGUUUGCCUGCUGUAAUAUCCGGCGUAGGUUGAAAUUGAAGUAGUGCUGACGUAGCUGGUGUACCUGAUUACAGUCGUACAACUCUAUCUAGCAAGACAUCGCCAAGUUUUAGUGUAAUGAAAUCCUCCUCCACCUGUGUAUAGGAUUCUGCAAUUUAUGCAAAAGAUCUUCAUUUCUCUAAACAGUAGAGGAAGCAAUUGCGAUUCGUGACAAGGCGUUGGCGGAGUACAAGGGGGAACCCUUGACCAAGUUCGAAGACUUCCUGGGCGCCGUGAAGGACAUGCUCUAUUUACGAUCUGUUUUCAUGAUGCUUAAUAGUACAUUUGUUUUUCAGGACGAACACGAGUAUUACCUCUAGACGACUACAGAUGAAGAGAAAAGCUACAGCGUACUCUUGACCAAGUUCGAAGACUUUCUGGGCGUUCCUCUAUUUAUGAUUUGUAGCUUAGCACGAGUACUAAUAUCUUUCUUCUGUUGAUCACAGCUUGCACUUCGUGAUAACAGCUACAGCGCACUCUAAGACAUCCACCGGAGAAAGCCGAGGAGGCAGCGUGAAGAAGCUGAUUAUGGUUUUUUGUGUGUCUUGAUUGUAGCGUGUAGCGUCCUGUUCAAUUAUUGUAUUCUACGUCGCUAUGGUACAGCACUAAAGGUUCUCGAGUUGCCUUUCUUUACUCCUUCUUUAAUCGAUUGCCAUCUGAUGGUAUACAUACAGUUUUUGUCUUUGGUCUAAUCAGAUUCUUGGUACAGGUAAGAAAGUGGAAGACCACUCUAAUGCGGCGUGCAGGAUUUGAUUUGAUGGUCGGGAAAAGUCGAAGCAAAAGCGUGCUUGGGAGGCGAAGCUCAGGUAUUCGAUUUGGGUGUCUGCCUGAAACAGCCGGAGACAAGAACUCAGCUAUUAAUGCUGUUUUAUUCUUGUGGAAGAUUGAAGCUCACAUCAUGGAACAUUGUUAAGUAGAUUACACUUUUUUAUUGCGCAAAAUCCGAAAUUAGGUUCUGCGUAGAACAGUGAUACCAGAUCUUAUUGUUAUUUGGAAACUUUCACAUAUUUCCUGCAGCAUUUAAAUCGAAUAUGGAAUCACUUUUAAGCGAUCAAGAUUGCAUCAAUUUUCAUUAUGGCGAGUAUUAAUAUGGGAACAACAUUCAUCAUUGAACAAAAAACGGAAAUUCAAACAAGCAGUCUGGACCGCAAAUAUUAUUGAAUGAUGGUUAAUUAAGCACUACAUUGAGCGGCGGUAAUCGUGAGCGACACAUUGUGGCUCUACUUAUUUUGAUAGAAACUGCAUCGUGCGUCAAGCAGAGGUGCUGUACAGCUCACGCUCUUUCACGCAGUUCAUCACUGGAAAGCAAUUGGAAAUAGAAAUCAUAGAAGAAAUCUUCUCAGCGUUUCAAUUGUGCAUUCGGAGCAGACGGCUGUUAUGUGCUUUGGCUCAGUUGUGAUCGGAGCUGAGGAAGAUCAACACGAUGAUGAUAAUUAAGUAUCCUACUACGGUCUCGUGAGCGCAGCUUCGUUGCAGAAGAUUGCCGUGACAUCUUUUCCCCAUAGAGAG